AUGCUAUGCUACUGUGACACCCUCUCUGCUGGCAAGUAGUUUUGCAUUUCAGCUUGUGCAUACCGGCAGUACAUUUUGGUAGUAGGAUAUUUUCUUGGGAGGAGAGUGAGCUGCUUACAUAUUUUUCCUCCUUCCAUGAGUACCAACUGUGUUUUUUCAGUAGUGCAUGAGUGCAUUCGGUCGAAUAUUUUCUUCGGGGACAGUGAGCUGCUUGCAUCUUCUUCCUCCUCCCAUGAGUGUCCUCUGCCUGUCUCAGCAGUAACAUGGGCAUUUGUUUACCUCUCUCGAGAAAUUACAGUACAAGAGCAUUAUUAGCCUAGUAAUAAGUGGCAUCAGCUUUCUCCCCGGACGAUUUCGGGGCUUCAUCCUGGCGUUUUUGACUCAUGAUAUCCCCCUUGAUCUACACGCUCAAUGAAAGGGUGGAACUUUUAACGCCUCCGAGGCCCUUUUCAUGGCACCUUGUCUGAUUUUUGGCUUCUCAAUUUGGAUUGCCAUUGUUAAGGUUGUUCUGCACCGGUGACAGCUCACAGCUGAGUCUCAAGGCUCCUGUAGCUUGUGUAAAUUCAGCAUCUCUCCGUAUCAUUCAUUGUUCCGGCAUCAAAUUUUGACGGUGGGAGGGGCAGUACUCAGUACUCACUGUAAGGUGAUGAGGUACCCUCCCCUUUUUCACUAGUAACAACCGGCUAAGUUUCUGGCUUUUUUGCCCUCGAUCACGGACCCUAAAUUUCUUCCAUGGUUUGCAUUUGUUUUCCAGAACACGCAGGAGAUGUUGCUCUCUUUCCUGUUGUGUGGAUCUGAUUCUGUGAUAGCUAGUGGUUUUUUCAGUGUUACAUAUACACUCGCAUAGACGCAUAGUUUGCAUCCACCCCAUCGAACGCACUUGCGGAGUUCUCAUGUCGAACACAUGAUUUGUGUAUAGACCAGGAUAGAUUGUGAUGGAAGAAAAGAGGACUUGAAUCAGUCUGGGCAUCUUGGUAUUGCCACCAAGUGGUGAGGUAAUUCUUGAAUGUAUGGCGUUUGACUUCUCCCAGGUUCCACUGCACAAUGUUUGCUAGCUUUUCACUUGCAAUAUGCCUACAAUAUAGUAAAAAAGAUAUAACUUAGAAUUAUUUCGCGAGGCAAAUACGAUGAUAUUAUUCUUGAAUAUGCCUAAUCUAAUACUCUUGCGCAUACUGGUGAUCGAAGUUUUAAAACAAUGAGUGCACAUAUAAUAAUGUGACUCAUGUUUGUGGACGGGGGCGGAGUAACAUGAUUUCAUUUGUGUUAAAAAGGUAGUACUAUCAAAAGAGCUGCACAGGUCCAUAAACUAAACUUCCUGCAAAAGAAAGAAGGGCCAUAAACUGAAAACUUGUAUAGGGUUCUCAGAAAUCCUGGUGAAGGUGGGGCAGAGGUUCAAUUUCCGGUAGGGUUUAAGCAUGGAUAGAUCUGGCUCAUCCAUUGAUUAGUCAUUAACCUUAUUCCGGGCUGGCCCAUACAGUACGUGGAUGACAGUGGCAUCUGAUCCUCGGGCUGGUCUUGAUUUCCGCAGUACCACCAACUGUAAAAUCUCUAGCUGAUCUGCUGAAUUCAGAACUCUUUAUAUAUUCUGAUCCGCGGAUGUGAUCCAGCUGGUACACGGUUGUUAGCGGUACCGACAAUUCUAUUCCCUGUACUGUGGUGCGGUUUCCGUCUUUGCCCUUGCGUCUGUCCGUUGCAUUAGGCUCACUUAACUUUUUCACUUUGGAGGACAAUCUUUAUGUAAGGCUGCAAGGGUUAGUUGUUCCUUGUUGAGCCUUGCAAGAUAUUGACUGCCAGCUCCACGCCGAUCUGCUCCUCCGCAUUUUCCACCCUUUAAGUAAAGCAAGCCCCUUCUCACUUGCCAAACCUGGCAAUUUAGAAGGCUAGGCGUCCUCUCCUUAGAAUGGAUGCAGCAUCACACUGAGAUCAGGUACCAGGCACAACUGCACAAGAUGUAUUCCCCUCCCUGCUCUGCUGCUGGAAGCAACGGCGGGCAGAGCUUCGCGGCCGGAGCCAACCCGCUCGCGUUGCUGGACCAUGCCAUGGAUUUCGACGAGCACGUCCUUUUUCCUAUGCACAAUGCAGGGAUGCAAGAUGGAGUUCAGUUCUACAAUCCUACUGCUGGUGGUACUGAGCUAAGUAGAAACAUGAGCAUGGAGAAGGGUUUGAAGGGCGGUAAAAGGAAGGGCUCGGGCGAGGGCAGUUCGACUAUGCAUUCGCAAGAGGAAACCGGUGCCAUGUCUCAGAGAGAAGUCAGCAUGGAGCGCGCUGGCGAGAAGGAAGGCGAUGCUGCUAGCAACAGAGAGGACUACGUGCAUAUCCGGGCGAAGCGCGGCCAGGCGACCAACAACCACAGCCUUGCAGAAAGGUUUCGGAGGGAGAAGAUCAACGAGAGGAUGAAGCAUCUACAGGACCUCGUCCCAGGCUGCAAUAAGAAGAUCACAGGCAAGGCCAUGAUGCUCGACGAGAUCAUAAACUAUGUGCAGUCCCUGCAGCGGCAGGUCGAGUUCCUCUCGAUGAAGCUCUCGGCGGUCAGCCCCGAGCUGAACUGCGAUCUCGAUCUCCAAGACAUCCUUUGCCCGCAGGACGCCCGCUCCACGUUUCCGGGAUACGGCCAGCGAUUGGGCAACGUUCAUCCCAACAACAAUAUGUACAGGGCGUCGCAGCCGGGCCUCUCGCGUCCAGAACUAUACGGGAACGGGAUCAUCAUCCCAAACCACCCAGCAAGUGUUCAUAUGGCGAGGACGGCUCAGCAGCUGUCUGCGUUUCCCCAUAGGAGCAUCGUCUGGGACGAGGAACUUGGCAAUGUUGGUCCGUCUGCUUUCCCGUCGGACGUCGUCGGCGCCAGCAGCUUGGAGAACUCCGAGUCGAUGAAGGUGGAGUAGCUAGGCAGGCUGCAGCUGACGGUUAACCAUGUGCAAAGGCUGCACAGAUCUCCUCGGGCUUUAGCGAGUUUAACUGCUGUCGUUGAGAGGACGAUUCUCUAUGUGUGUGUGUGCGUGUGUGACUUUUGUACAGUUUGACUAAGCAGACGGAUGAAAAGCUUGUGGUCCGCUGUGAUGUGCCUGCCUGGACUAGAAUUAUUAGUGGUAAUAAUGAUUGGGUUUGAUGAGUUGAUCUACACAAGUUUGUGCAUAUUACUGGUUUGAUCAUCAAAA